CAAUAUUUCUAACACCAGAGGUCAGGGAAGGCUAAAAUUAAAGGAGGUUGCUUAACGGUACAAACUUUCUCCCGCGAGGGGGGAUGGAGAACAACAUCAACGAAAGCAUCUCAUAACAACACAGGAAAAAGGGAAAGUAGGAGAUACAAGGGAACUGCUGGUUCAUAUCGUUUAUCUUCAUUUUGCGUCCAGUAUGGCAUGGCUGACACUUUUGUAUGCAAUCGUACUGCCUAACAUUGGAGGAAUUGCCAAUGCAUUUGUGAUAAAAGAACAUGUUCGGGAAUGGUACAACAAGAAAAUCAAGAAGCCUUCAUGGCGACCUCCUAAUAAAGCUUUUGGACCAGUGUGGACAUUACUGUACUGCCUGAUGGGUUAUGCAUCAUACAGAGUUUGGGUAACACUGGAUGAGCCAAAUGUUAUGUCACUAACAACUCUGCCCACUCCACUGAAACUGUUUUUGCUACAGCUAUUCUUGAACUGGAUUUGGACUCCAAUAUUCUUUGUGUAUAAACAUCUUACUCUGGCUUUGUUUGAGAUCCUGCUUCUGGACGCUUCCGUUGCCAUGACAAUGUUUGCCUUCUGGAAGGAGGAUGUCUUGGCAGGGCUGCUGUUGAUUCCCUACAUGGCCUGGCUUGCCCUGGCCACUGCUCUCACUACUUCAAUAUGGAUAUCAAACCCAGGUUGGCGCUUUGGACAAGAUUCUAAAAAAAAAAGUAGCUACAGUUUUGUCAUAGAAAGAAAAUGUAAACCCCAAAUUGCUAAAAAAUUACUGUAGUUUUCGCAUUUUAUGAAAAGUACAAAAUUAACUAAGAAUAUGUCAUAAAACAAAAUUAUGUUAUUUAUCUAAGUCUGAAACCUGUAAGUUUUUAAGAAGUGGAUUUGUUAGUCUCAGACAUUUGAUGUCAAAUUUUCUCUCAAAACAUAUUCAGAAGUUUAAGCAAUAAUGAGGCCAUUCUAAUCUAAUUUUAGGAGAAUUGCUUAAGGAGACUCACUGAGACAGUGUAAAAAACCAGUAAAGGCAUACACACAAUAUAUAUAUAUAUAUAUAUAUAUAUAUAUAUAUAUAUAUAUAUAUAUAUAUAUAUAUAUAUAUAUAUAUAUAUAUAUAGAAAACUAUGCUUUUGAUAAAUCAGUGUGAAUUUAAGAAACUUAUGCAUCAGGAUUUUGUGAGGAGGUUAACAUUUGGACUGAUUUUCUUUCACUCCAAGCAAUUCCUUAACUUCAACCCUUGUCCUGAUUCACAAUGUCAGUGCACAAACCUGACACUGAUUCAUAAGUACAACUAACAAAUUUCAAUGCACUUUGCCAGAGAAAUGUAUAUGUUUAUUAUGCAAUGGGAGCUUCCAAGAAUGACAGUUUGCUUUAUAUUAUGUUGGGAAGGGUAUGCUUGAACCAAAAAUAAUAGUUAUAUAUGACUAUUUCCACAUGGUUAUCAUUCACAGUACAAGAGAGAGAGAGAGAGAGAGAGAGAGAGGAAAUACAGCCUAGAAAAGACAAAGAUAAUCUAAUCUUUUUUUUGCUGUAUGUAAAUAUUUUUUUUGUGUUGUUAAGGUUGAAGGGUGAUCAUAGCAGAAAAAGUGUCAAGAUAUACCAAUACAUACACGUACUUAACCAUCAAGUGACUAUUUGUAUAAUGGUUGUGUAAGCCUAGAAUUAGGGAAACUGAAAUAGUUGGGUUUUGUGUGAUGUAUCUUUUUUUAUACUUAAAUCUCAUUAACAUGCAUAUGGUCAUAAAGGAAGGUUAGGUGACAUUUACCAAUAUCUUUGCAAUGAGAGCAAUAAAGCUUGGUGAGGGCACUGUAUGGUGUUCAAUGGGACUUGAUAUGAGUGUUUGAUUUAUUAUAUGCAUUUUAAGUAAAUAUGUGAUUUUAA